AUGGGUAAAUCAAAUCUCGGUCAAAAGCGUGGAAAAAAAUCGAAGAAAAGCAACGCAGCGCCUGCUGUUGGGACCACAUUUAAUAGUGUGGAUAUUCCUAUCCUGGGAAAGCUUUCGUCAAAGGAUGAUUCGGAAAGACAGUGUGCUUGUACCAGCUUAGCCAGUAUCGUACUGGACGAGAACAACUUACCUCAUUUAUUAAAGAAUAACGUAAUCGGAAAAUUAGGUGUUCUACUAUGUGACGACAAUAUAAACGUUAUCCAAGCUGCUGCAGGAACAUUAAGGAAUAUAGCUAUUAAUGCCGGUCCUGAUGUAUGUCAGCGCAUGGUAUCCAAAGACCAAAUCUUGGAAUCUUUAUCUUCAUCGCUAAAUAUGGUAGGGAUACUUGGAAUGCUAAAUCAGCCGGGUCGUAAUGAUGAAAACACUGAAAGGGAAAGCAUUGCUGUAGAUAGUCUUGAUCAUAUCCUCAAUGUUUUAUGGAAUAUUUGUGAAAAUUCCAGCGAUGCAAUCCAUUACGUUAAUCUGGAGAAGCUUCCUCUUUUGGUAAUUCAAUGUAUAAGCCUACCGUCGGCAAGUAAAUGUUUACAAAUUUCUGCAGCUCAGUGUUUAUAUACCAUCACUGAGGAUAAUCCUGCAAGUGGCCAGCAUUUAUGCAAGUCGCAGGAUCAUCUGAAAGUUAUUGAUACUAUCUUGUCAUCGGAUGGGAAUGAUUCUCAUUAUUUUUUACUCAAAGUAUUAAUUGCAGGUACAAUGAUGAAUGUUAAAUCAACAAUAGAAGCCGAAGCCUGGGAGAAAGCUCUCGGUACCGUUGCUAACGUUCUAAGACAAGUUCUUACAUUUAAUGCUGUCACUGAAAUGACUUCGAUGGUCAAGAUACUGCAGGCUGAUACCGAAACGAAUGAUAGCCUUAUGAAAAGAUCAUUUGAUGAUCAGCUGGAGAAUAUUGCUAAUUUCCUUAAUGCUCAACAAAUCGCUUUGGAGAUAAUAGCGAACGCAUUCUUAAGCGAGGAAGAUGACAAUGAUGAUAACGAUGAAUGGCAGGAUUUAUCUGAUGGUCUUGAAAAUGAAGACGAAAUGGAGGAAGAUAGCGACUUCAAUGCAAUCCCUAAUUUCGCCAACAAUUCUGAAGUUUAUACUGCAUUUAACAAUUAUCAGCUUCCAAUGACGAUUUUAAAAAAAAUAGAGUUUGCAGAUCAGAAUCUGUAUGCAACUUACCAAGCACACGUACGGGGUAGACCAUUACUAAGAAAGUUGGAUGCAAUACAAGUAAGAGCCUUGUCAUGUCUAGAUAACAUGUUUUCUCUAGCGGAUGUUGACUUGCAGUGCGAUCAAGAUGCCUUAGAAGCAAUAUGGAAUGCAUUAUUUCAACUGGGAUUCGGCCAUACUGCUGAAUAUCUCAAUAAUAGCUCCAUAAGCGACCACACAAAAGCUGGGCUAGUAGGGUUACUAGGUAUCGCUGGACAGAUGGCAAAAACUUGGGAGAAUGAUUCAGGAUUACAAGUAUUGAGAUUAACUGGAACAGUUCUAUGUGUACUUAGCCAAAAAGAAGAUAACUUAUGGCUUGCUGCUGAAGCAGUGGAUUCACUGAUAGAUAUAUUCGCAGAUGGUAACGUUGCGGAUACAGUUGCAAAGCAGCUUCGUGUCGUCGAACAUUUACAGCAGUUAUUACCAAGAAUGAAAUCGAAGAUGAAGUCGGAGAGAGCAAACUUAGGGAAGAAGUUCCACUUUGUAGAUAAUGUUCGAUUAAAUUUAGUCCGUUUUAUAAAGUACAAGAAUGAGCAGACACCCUGA